GAAGUGACGGAUCCGGGAUGGCGCCGCAACAUCCGGCCUCGCGGGCCCCAGCCUGAGGAACCGGCGGCGCGCGCGGGGAUCCCGCUGGGGAAACGGAGUUGCAGAGAGGUGUCACCUGGGGUCGAACAUCCCCAUCAGAGCCGGGAACAGAACACACAUCCGUCAUUUCGAGCACCACGCCCUGUCCAUGGGUGAACACUCGGAGGCUGGAACCAGUGAAUGAGAUUCAGCUUUUGUCCUUGGCCUGUGUUGGUUUUCACUUAGCUGCCGGGGUGCCUCAGUAGGAACAUGCGGCCAGGACCCGAACGCUCCUAGCAGGGAUUGUCACCUGUCUUUUGUGCCAGAAACGUGUGGCCAGAUUGUCCCUGCCGAUUAGCCCAGCCGAUACGGGCUACUAUGGAAGAGCCCAGGGCAGCAGAGAACUUGGGAGAGGCUGGGGCUUCUUCAGAACCAUCCGGCACAGGGCAGAAUGCUUCCAAGAAGCAGAGCACCAAGGCAAGUGGGAGACCAGGGGAUGCCAGCAAGGCCUCUAAAAAGAAGAAGGCUUUCAAGGCCCCCAGGAGAGUGGCCCCGGACUACUUUGUUCAAGAGACGGACAAUGACAUGCUGCUGAUCAUUUCCAACAUAGGUGACGGGCAAGACCGCCCUCCCAGGAGAGUGGCAAAGAGAAAGCACCAAGCGCCAGCAAAGAAUCAGCGGCUGCAGCGCAUCCAAAAGACGGGUGUGGCAGGAGAGAGAAAGAGAGAGAAAGGAGGGGCUCUGGCUGCAAAGGAGUCUGUGCUUGGGGGCCAGGCUGAGGAAAGCGGGGCAGCUGCUGGGGCCUCCUGGGGAGAGCGCCUCCCAGUAGAAAUCCUGGUGCAGAUCUUCCAGUCUUUGGUGGCGUCUGAGGGGGCCGUGCCCUUGCUCUGCAGAGUGGCCCGUGUGUGCCGGCUGUGGUACGGGGCAGCCUCCAAUCCCGUGCUGUGGCAGAAGGUGUCAAUCGGCUUCUGCUGGGUGGAGCCUGGCGAAAAGCAGCCUCCCCAGACCGAGAAGAGAAUCCUCGGCACGAUGGAGUGGCUGGUCCUGAACAGGUUUUCACUUCUCCGGGACUUUGCUCUUUGUCACUGGAAGAGCCACGUGCCCGUUGUCCUGCAGGCCCUUGCGGAGUCCUGCCCCCUUCUCCUAUCCCUCAAGCUGACCUACUGCAAUGGAGUGACCACCAAGUCCCUGAGCACACUGGCCGAACGCUGCCCCCGGCUGGAAAGCUUAAACCUGCAGAAUUCCCAGGUUGACUCCUCGGCUGUGGUGAGCUUUCUGGAGGCCGCUGGCUCUCGGAUCCGGCAGCUCUGGCUGACGUACAGCAGCCAAACGAAUGCCAUCAUCGCCACGCUCUCGAGCGGUUGCUGCCUUGGGCUGCAGCUCCUGGAGGUGACCACGGAGAUCAAGCAGAGCAGCCAGCACCUCCAGCUCUCAGUAGAGCACCUGCAGGCAGCCUGCCAGCAGCUGCAGGUGCUGCGUCUGCUCAAUGUGGUCUGGUCCCCGAAGCCAAGCCCUCGGUUCGUCCCCACCUCCUUGGGCUUCCCACAACUAGAGGAGCUGUGCCUGGCCUCCACCUCUUAUUCCUUUAUCAGUGACGGCGUCCUGCAGAAGAUCCUGCAGGCCUCCACCAGGCUGCGGGUACUGGAUCUGCGUGGCUGCUUCCGCGUGACACCCAAGGGGCUGCAGGAGUUGCCGUGCCCUGAUCUAGAGCAGCUGUACCUGGGCCUGUACUGCAGCAAUAACCACCUGCUCCUGCCCUCGGUGGGCAGCCAUCUGCUCACCUGGAAGUGGCACCACAGCCUGCAGGAGCUCGAUCUGGCAGGGCAGCGCUUCAGCGAGCACGACCUGGAGUGCGCCAUGGCCGCCUUCGGGCAGGGCAGCAGCCGGGCAGCCCUGCGAUCCCUCAACCUGACUGGGACCAAGGUCACCGUGAGCACUGUCAGUGCCCUGAUCAUCAGCUGUCCUGCCCUGAGCUACCUCAACCUGUCGUCCUGCCGCUACCUGCCCCGGGGCAUGAAGAAGGUGUAUCGGGGCCAGGAGGACAUCCACCAGUGCUUGAGCAAGCUGCUGGCCAGCGCCGACGAGCCGGCCGCUGCACAGGAUACGUCGUAAUGACACCAGCACCUCCCCUCUCCAGAGACAGGCCUGAGGCCCAGGCCUGCGCCAGGAGCAACCCCACGCACAGGCUGAGUGCCAGGGGCUGGUGUUUCGCUGGGACGUUCCUGGCAGCGUGGGUGGCACCUGGGCACCCACCUGGUGCUGUAGCAGCAGGCAGCCUGUUCCCCUGGGAGGAGCAGCCGUGCCUGGUCCCCCGCUCCCCAUUUUGAUAGCGCCCCCUUUUUGUAUGACGUUCCUCUUGGAUUUGUCAGUGUUUUACUGUCCGGCGCAGCGCCCGGUGCUCCAAAAUAAAGGGCUGUUCCUGCAGGG